GGCGGGCAGGCGGGCAUCAGGGCUGCUGGACCUCCCGCAGGAUGGCAUGACCCUGAGCACCCCUCACGCCCCUUCUCUGCCCCUUCCAGCUGCGGAGACCGUCACCAUGUCUGCUGCGGAGGAAGGGAGCCGGGAUCCCCCCAAGCCCAAGGGCAAGGCGUCCAAGGUCACUGGAGCAGAGGCUGAGAUGGUGACGGAAGCAGGGUCCCGGGCGGAGCCGGGCCUCGCUCACGCUGCCCCCCACCCACAGACCCUGGGCAGCUUCUUUGCCUCGCUGCCUGGCUUCAGUUCUGCCCGCAACCUGGUGGCCAACGCCCACAGCUCCAGCAAACAGAGCCGUCCGGCUGCCAGCCCCUCGGGCAGCCCUGCCCCUGAGGCCACCCAGCCUCAGGCUCAGGUGGCCACAGAACCAGAACGGAUGCCCAGGGGGACAGAGGAACUGCCACAGCCUUCAGAAAAGCCGAUGUCCGGGGCCAAAGACCUGGUAUGCUCGAGGAUGACCAGGACCAAGGGGGCCAUCUCUUCUGGGAUGGCCAAUGUGAUGGACGCAGCUAAGGGCGUGGUUCAGGGAGGCCUGGACAGCACUCGGUCAGCACUCACAGGCACCAAGGAGGCACUGUCCAGUGGGGUCAUGGGAGCAGUGGACAUGGCCAAAGGCGCUGUCCAGGGGAGCCUGGACACUUCAAAGGCUGUGAUCACUGGCACCAAGGACACAGUGACCAGUGGGCUCACUGGGGCAGUGAACGUGGCCAAAGGGACUGCCCAGACUGGAGUGGACACCACCAAGAAUGUGCUGAUGGGCACCAAGGACACUGUCUGCAGUGGAGUGACCAGCGCUGUGAACAUGGCCAAAGGCACUGUCCAGGGGGGCCUGGACACCACAAAGUCUGUGGUCAUGGGUACAAAGGACACUGUGUCCACUGGGCUCACUGGGGCUGCAAAUGUGGCCAAGGGGGCCAUCCAGACUGGGGUGGACACCACCAAGACCGUGCUGACCGGCACUAAAGACACAGUGUCCUCUGGUCUCACAGGAGCAGUGAACGUGGCCAAAGGGACUGUCCAGACUGGAGUGGACACCACCAAGACUGUGCUGAUGGGCACCAAGGACACUGUAUGUAGCGGAGUGACUGGGGCCAUGAAUGUGGCCAAAGGGGCUGUCCAGGGGGGACUGGACACCAGCAAGACUGUGCUGACCGGCACCAAGGACACAGUGUCUGCUAGUCUCACGGGAGCAGUCAAUGUGGCCAAGGGGGCUGUCCAGACUGGAGUGGACACCACCAAGACUGUGCUGACCGGCACCAAGGACACAGUGUCCACUGGGCUCACAGGAGCCGUCAAUGUGGCCAAAGGGACUGUGCAGACUGGAGUGGACACCACCAAGACCGUGCUGACGGGUACCAAGGACACCCUCUUUAGUGGAGUGACCGGGGCCAUGAAUGUGGCCAAAGGGGCUGUCCAGGGGGGACUGGACACUACCAAGACUGUGCUGACCGGCACCAAGGACACAGUGUCCGCUAGUCUCACGGGAGCAGUCAAUGUAGCCAAGGGGGCUGUGCAGACUGGAGUGGACACCACCAAGACUGUGCUGAUCGGCACCAAAGACACAGUGUGCACUGGGGUCACUGGAGCAGUGAACAUGGCCAAAGGGACUGUCCACACUGGAGUGGACACCACCAAGACCGUGCUGACGGGUACCAAGGACACCCUCUUUAGUGGAGUGACCGGGGCCAUGAAUGUGGCCAAAGGGGCUGUCCAGGGGGGCCUGGACACUUCAAAAGCUGUCCUGACAGGCACCAAAAAUGCAGUGUCCACUGGGGUCAUGGGCUCCAUGAACGUGGCCAAAGGGGCCAUACAAACUGGACUGAACACGACCCAGAAUAUCGCCACAGGCACCAAGGACACCGUCUGCAGUGGAGUGACCAGUGCCGUGAAUGUGGCCAAAGGGGCCGUCCAGACCGGCAUGGACGCCACGAAGUCUGUGGUCCUGGGCACCAAAGACACUGUGUCCACGGGGCUCACAGGAGCAGUGAAUGUGGCCAAGGGGGCCGUCCAGACCGGCAUGGACACCACCAAGACUGUGCUGACGGGCACCAAGGACACUGUAUGUAGUGGGGUGACCGGGGCCAUGAGUGUGGCCAAAGGUGUUGUCCAGGGGGGACUGGACACCAGCAAGACUGUGCUGACCGGCACCAAGGACACAGUGUCCUCUGGACUCACAGGAGCAGUGAACAUGGCCAAAGGGACUGUCCAGAUUGGAGUGGACACCACCAAGACCGUGCUGAUGGGCACCAAGGACACAGUGUGCACUGGGGUCACUGGAGCAGUGAACAUGGCCAAAGGGACUGCCCAGACUGGAGUGGACACCACCAAGAAUGUGCUGAUGGGCACCAAGGACACUGUCUGCAGUGGAGUGACCAGCGCUGUGAACAUGGCCAAAGGCACUGUCCAGGGGGGCCUGGACACCACAAAGUCUGUGGUCAUGGGUGCAAAGGACACUGUGUCCACUGGGCUCACUGGGGCCACAAAUGUGGCCAAGGGGGCCAUCCAGACUGGGGUGGACACCACCAAGACCAUGGUGACCGGCACCAAGGACACCGUAUGCAGUGGUGUGACCGGGGCCAUGAAUGUAGCCAAAAGAGUAGUCCAGGGGGGACUGGACACCAGCAAGACCGUGCUGACCGGCACCAAAGACACAGUGUCCACUGGUCUCACAGGAGCAGUGAACAUGGCCAAAGGGACUGUCCAGACUGGAGUGGACACCACCAAGACCGUGCUGAUGGGCACCAAGGACACUGUAUGUAGCGGAGUGACUGGGGCCAUGAAUGUGGCCAAAGGGGCUGUCCAGGGGGGCCUGGACACUACCAAGACUGUGCUGACUGGCACCAAGGACACAGUGUCCACUGGGCUCACAGGAGCCGUCAACGUGGCCAAGGGGGCUGUGCAGACCGGAGUGGACACCAGCAAGACUGUGCUGACCGGCACCAAAGACACAGUGUGCACUGGGGUCACUGGAGCAGUGAACAUGGCCAAAGGGACUGUCCACACUGGAGUGGACACCACCAAGACCGUGCUGACGGGUACCAAGGACACCCUCUUUAGUGGAGUGACCGGGGCCAUGAAUGUGGCCAAAGGGGCUGUCCAGGGAGGCCUGGACACUUCAAAAGCUGUCCUGACAGGCACCAAAAAUGCAGUGUCCACUGGGGUCAUGGGCUCCAUGAACGUGGCCAAAGGGGCCAUACAAACUGGACUGAACACGACCCAGAAUAUCGCCACGGGCACCAAGGACACCGUCUGCAGUGGAGUGACCAGUGCCGUGAAUGUGGCCAAAGGGGCCGUCCAGACCGGCAUGGACGCCACGAAGUCUGUGGUCCUGGGCACCAAAGACACUGUGUCCACGGGGCUCACGGGAACAGUGAAUGUGGCCAAAGGGGCCGUCCAGACUGGCAUGGACACCACCAAGACUGUGCUGACGGGCACCAAGGACACUGUAUGUAGUGGGGUGACCGGGGCCAUGAAUGUGGCCCAAGGUGUUGUCCAGGGGGGCCUGAACACCACAAAGUCUGUGGUCAUGGGUGCAAAGGACACUGUGUCCACCGGGUUCACUGGGGCUGCAAAUGUGGCCAAGGGGGCCAUCCAGACUGGGGUGGACACCACCAAGACCAUGGUGACUGGCACCAAAGAUGCAGUGUCCUCUGGACUCACAGGGGCAGCAAAUGUGGCCAAAGGGACUGUCCAGACUGGAGUGGACACCACCAAAACUAUGCUGAUGGGCACCAAAGACACCCUCUGUGUUGGAGUGAGUGGGGCCAUAAAUGUGGCCAAAGGGGCCGUCCAGGGGGGCCUGGACACUUCAAAAGCUAUCUUGACAGGCACCAAAGAUGCAGUGUCCUCUGGACUCACAGGGGCAGCGAAUGUGGCCAAAGGCACUGUCCAGACUGGUAUGAACAUCGCCAAAUCCAUGCUGCCUGGCACUGACACCGUCUGUGGCGAGGUCACCGGUACUGUGAACAUGGCCCCAGGGGCCGUGCAGGGAACCCUGGACAUCAGCACCAAGGAAGCCACUGCUGCUGGGCCUGCCAGGGCAGGGGACAUGGCCUCAGGUGCUGCCCACGCCAGGCCCAGCAGCACGCGCAACUAUUUUCCAGGGGCUCAGGACACCCGCUGGGCUACAGACACAGGCAGGGAGCAGACGGCCCCGGCCCCCACAGAGGCCCUGUCCUCUGGGAUCUCCAACCUCCCAGGUCCCCUUGGUGCAGGCUGGGAACCUGCUGGGGAGGCCACAAGUGCCACUAAGGGCCUCGCACCCGGUGCUGUGCUCACCCAUGGGGCCCUGAGCGAGGCGGCGGGGCCACAGAUGGCUUCAGUUGUCCAAGAAGGAACCACUGGCUUCGCCGCGCUUCGAGACGAAUUGGAGGGGCUGGGGGAGAUCUUCCAGCCCAUGAAUCCCGAGGAGCAAGCUCAGCUGGCAGCCUCCCAGCCCGGCCCCCAGGUGCUCUCUGCUGACCAGGGGAGCUACUUCGUCCGCCUAGGCGACCUGGCCCCGGGCUUCCGCCAGCGGGCUUUUGAACAUGCCUUGAGCCACCUGCAGCACAGCCAAUUCCAAGCCAGGGACGCGCUGGCUCAGCUCCAGGACUCCUUCCAGGUGAUUGAGAAGGCCAUGCAGGCUCGACAAGAGAAGCUGUGCCUGGACCAGGGCUCAAGUGCCAGAGCAGAGGACGUGGGUCCCCAAGAGGCGCAGGACGCGGCAGCUCUGUCCAGGGUGUGCACCCUCCUCAGACAGCUGCACACAGCCUCCAGUGGCCUGGCCUCCAGCCUCCAGGGCCUGCCGGCUGGGCUCCAACAACAGGUCGGGCGGGUGCGGCACAGCCUCUGUGAGCUCUAUGGCAUCGUGUCCUCGGCUGGGUCUGUUGGGGAGCUGCCAGCUGAGCGCCUGGCCCAGAGCCGAGCAGGAAUGAGCCAGGCAUGGAGGGGGCUGGACCAGCUGCUGGAUGGCCUGCAGCACAGCCCCCCACUUGGCUGGCUGGUGGGGCCCUUCACUUUGGCCCCUGGUGGGCAGCCAUAGGCACCCACAGACCAGGGCGCAGCAUCUCCCUACUCUGCUUACACUGCCCAGGGAACCAUGCUCAGAGUCUCCUCCUGGCCCCAAAUUCAGCUCUGGUCCCUUGAAGCCCUGGGCCCUGCAAGCUGGAGCUGGCCAGAACAAGAGGAGCCACAGGGCAUGUGACUUUGAGUUCAGCCACCUUGCUCCAGGGCCUCGGCCUGUAUCCCCACUCCCUCCUCCCCAGCACGAUUAGCCUCUCUCCUGACCUAGGAGCUGGGCUCACUCAGACCGCUGGCCAUGGGCCCCCACCUGCAGCCCUUCAGUGAGCGUGUCCGCCAGGCGGGGAGUGGAAGAGUGCCCGCUGUGAAGCGCUCUCCAUCCGUCCCUACUGGGGACCCUUCUAUCCUAUGGGGGCUCUUCCAGUCCCUCAACCUGAUUCCACAGCUGUCAUCUUACUGGUUCUGAAAGCACGCCCCAAAGCCCUUAGCAACCACAUUGUCUCUCUUUUUUUUUUUUUUUUU